AUGAAGAUGAGGAAGAAGAUGAUGAAUAUCAUCGGGUACUUCAUUCUUCCCUGUUUAUGUGUCAAUGAGAUUUGUUUAUUGACAUUAUCGGUCUGUCGAUUCUUUAACAAAGUGGCCGACUAUGGUUUAACCCAUACUUCGACUCGAUCAUUAACGACUCUACCAGUCAAGACAAAACUUUUUGAUUCAAAUUUAAUUAUUGCAACAUAUGAUCCCGUACCAAUUACAUAUAAUAAACCAAAACCAAAACCAAAGACUACUGCAGAUAUGUUUAAAGGAAAUGGAAAUGGUUACAGUCUUGACAAAGGUGUAAAUGUUGUUGUUUGGAUUACAAAUCAUUUGAUUUCAUUCAACUUGUUUAACAAAUAA